AUGGGCAUGGUGCACGCGUCGGCAAAGAAAGAGGAAACAAUCCCAAGCGUAGUAUCGGACGAGAAAGACUGCGUGCCAUGCGUGGAGCCACAAGACAAAGGACCCGGGAAUCCGGGAAGUUUCGACGAGCUUCACAAACCGGUGAAGAACCUUUAUCCGCAGAACUUCGAGGGAGCACGGUUGAUAAUCAAAAAAGUGCUCAACAAACACUUUAGCGUGACGCAUUCGAUCACCAUGAGUUCUGUCACGCCGUCCGGUUAUAAAUUUGGCGCGAAGUACGUUGGCACGAAGAUGGUGGGCCCGAAUGAGCAAUACCCCGUUGCCGUGGGUGAAAUUACGCCGAACGGAAAUUUGUCCGCCUCGUUCAUGCACACAUUAGGAUGUCGAUUCAGAUACAAGCUGUCAGCACAGAUCGCCGAUGGAAAAUGCAAAGCGUCGAGUUCCACCGCGGAGUAUCGCGCGAACGAUUUCACGAUAGCGGUUACCCUGGCCAAUCCUAGGUUCCCCAAAAAACACGGAACCGUGGUAUUGCAUUACUUACAAUCGAUCACGUCCAGGAUCACCUUAGGGGCAGAACUCGCGUGUCUUCGAGGCUCGAAAAUACCCGGUGGACAGCAAACUGUAAUGUGCGCCGCAUUCAGACACAGUACAGGUCACACGACACUGUCCGGCACGAUUGGCGAGGCGGGAUUCCACGUGUGUUAUCAUCGUAAAGCCAGUUCGCAACUGGAGCUUGGCGUCGAGUUGGAGACAAACUUGCGAACUCACCACUCGAUCGCCACUAUUGUCUACAAACUAAAUGUCCCGUAUGCAGACCUCGUGUUCCGCGGUAUAGUUAACUCCGAGACCACUGUUGGCGCCGUAUUUGAAAAGAGACUGUAUCCUAUACCGGAGUCCUCGUUGGUCAUCAGUGGACUCUUGAAUCACAGGAAGCAACAAUUUCGCGUCGGCGUGGGUCUCAAUAUCGGGCAAUGA